AGCGGGACUCCCUCAGUGUGUGACGAUGGUGAAGACAAAGAGGGUGUGUUGGGGGAGCUUAGUGUAAAAAAUUGUAGUGUAAAUAUUUGGGGGACUAUAUGUUGAAUCCUAAGGAAUUAACCAGUGCCUAUAAACAUGGGAUUAUGGAGCUACACUGUCUUAUACCUGCUAGUGAUCCUGUGGCCGCAAUGUGAAGGGUCGGUGCUGAGCGAGUAUGUGAGCCAGUACGAGGUCCUGCGGUAUGACUCCCAGCUGGUCCACCGCAGCCAUCAACGGGUUAAGAGGGCGCUAUACGGCGACCAACAGCUGACCUUAUCUUUUGCAUCACAUGGGCGAUCUUUUCACCUGCGUUUGAAGCGGGAUACACAGACGAUCAGCCCAUUUGUGAAAGUAGAAGUCCCAGCUGAUUUAGAGGGACUAGAUGUUAAUCACCUCUAUGAAGGGACCCUUCAAAAUGACCCAGGAUCUCACGUCUGGGGAAGCAUACGGGAAGGGGUAUUUGAGGGUGUGAUAGCCAGUGAGCGUGACGGCACUUUCUAUGUUGAACGUGCUCAUAAAUACUUCCCACGCCAUAAUUCCACACAUGCGGGCUUCCACUCUGUUAUAUAUCAUGACGAUCAUGUGGAUGACCCCUACACGAGGGUUCGGGAAGGGCACACUUCGGGUUGUGGUGCGACGGAUGAUGUAGCUGCCUGGAUGGACAGUGUUCAAAAUUCUGCAGAUUUAGAAGAAGAAAAAGAGGAAGCGGCCAAGCGAUACUUACAAACGCCAGCCCACCUCCGUAGUCAGUACAAAUACAAAAAAUGGUUGGACACACAAGAUAAAUAUAGAACAGUUCAAGAAGAGAGUGGGUUUCAUGGCAUGUACGACAGUAUUCUAGAUGAUUAUCAUAAUAAGUACAGUGAGGAAGUCAACACACGGCAUAAGAGAGCGGUUGGGAUUGGUGUUGGAGAAGAUAACAAAGGAACUUGUUCUCUCUCCAUUCAGACUGACCCUAUGCUCUGGCAUCACAUAUUUAAACAGGAGGGAAAUGACAAGGAGAAGACACGGGAUGAAAUCACAGCUAUGAUCUCUCAACACAUAAAGGCGAUUAACCAUAUAUAUGCUAAUGUCAAGUUCAAUGGCAAGUACAAACACAGGAACAUCAGAUUUGAAGUCCAGAGAAUCAAGAUUGACGAUGAUAAGCCAUGUCGUACUAACUGGCAGGGUGAGACCAACAAAUUUUGUAAAGCCAAUGUAGAUGUGAGUAAUUUCCUGAACUUGCAUUCCCAAAAGAAGCACGAUGACUUCUGUCUGGCGUACGUGUUCACCUUCAGAGACUUCACUGGGGGUACACUGGGGUUGGCCUGGGUAGCAUCACCUUCAGGUGCCUCUGGGGGCAUAUGUGAAAAGUACAAAACAUACACAGAAAACUUGGGAGGGUUCCGUCACUCUGAAAAGCGGUCCUUAAAUACUGGUAUCAUAACAUUCCUCAACUAUAAUUCCAGAGUGCCACCCAAAGUCUCCCAGCUCACUUUAGCUCAUGAAAUUGGCCAUAAUUUUGGAUCACCCCAUGACUUCCCUGAAACCUGCAAACCAGGAGGACUGCAGGGAAACUUUAUCAUGUUCUCGUCAGCCACAAGUGGUGAUCGCCUCAAUAAUGACAAGUUUUCUCCGUGUUCGGUUCGCAACAUUUCCCUGGUGCUCGAUGCUAUUUCUGAAAAGAGAAGAACAAAUUGCUUCACAGAAAAUAAUGGUGCCUUCUGUGGUAACAAGAUUGUUGAAGAAGGAGAGGAGUGUGAUUGUGGUUUCGAUAUGGAUGAGUGUCAAGAAAAAUGCUGCUAUCCACUCAAAAUAUCUGCAGCUGACAAGUUGCAGAACCCUUCAGCCAAAGAGUGCACCCGUAAAAAUAACACACUAUGCAGCCCUAGUGAAGGACCAUGUUGUGACCGUGAAAGAUGUACGUUUGUGCGGGAUACCCAGUGCCAUUCUGAAACAGACUGUGAGGAAUCUGCUUAUUGUGAAGGUGAUAAAGCAACUUGUCCCCAACCUGUUCCAAAGGAAGAAUAUAAGGAAUGUAAUGAAGGCACAAAGGUGUGCACCAAGGGCAAAUGCAGCGGGUCAAUAUGCCUUGCUAAGGGAAUGAAAGAAUGUUUUCUUACAUCUGACCGUGUGCAUGAUAAGAAAAAGCUAUGCGAGAUAGCCUGCCAGAUUGGUAAUGAUAGCGCUUCUUGCAAGUCCACAUCAGAGCUGAAGGAGGUGUUUGGUGGUGGACCUGUGUUUAUGAGACCUGGAGCACCCUGCAAUAACUUUCAGGGUUACUGUGAUGUCUUCCAAAAAUGCCGAGCAGUGGACGCAGAAGGACCACUAGCCCGCCUCAAGAACCUGCUCUUCAACCAGGACACCCUCAACAGUGUUGCAGAAUGGAUUACACAAUAUUGGUAUGCUGUACUGCUGCUUGGAGUUGGCUUUGUAGUGUUCAUGGGAAUUUUCAUCAAAUGCUGUGCAGUCCACACACCAUCGAGCAAUCCUCGCAAACCUCCUGCUCGCUCUAUCACAGAAACCCUCAGAAGACCUGUGAACACACUUAGGAGAGUCAAACGUCAUCGACAAGGACCCAGUCCAAAUGUUCCACCAGCAGCAGCGGCAGCAGCAGCAAGUCAGCAUCAUCACCACCACCAUCACAACCAGGCAGGACCUUCGCACCACAGUAGAGGCGGUGAAAGAGAAGUGGAACGUCCAAAACCUCCAGGAGGUAAACGGACGAGUCGAGCAUACAGUGAUGAUCCCCCCCCUCCGUAUCCAGGAAACCCUAGACAUUCUGUCAGUCCUGCGAACCCACCAAAUUCUGCAACUCCAGCCAAUCGUGCUGGCCCCACUCGGCAUGGCUAUGGGGAAGGCCGAGGACAUUAUAAUAGACCCAAAGGCGGCAGACGGCACGAGAACUCUGCUGUAUAGUGUAAGCUUCAGCCCCACCGCUGGAGUAAACUUGUGAUAAUUCCACUGUAAGUGGCCAUCCUGUGGGGCUAUCCAGACUGCCACUCGCUGUGUACAGCCUUCUUCAGUGCUGCCAGUCGCAGGGGGUAUGACGACACAGUGACCCUCUCGUUACCACAAACUAAUCAAACGACCACGUUGAAUGCACAGAAACAUUUGUGGCUCUGACAAAGACAACCAUGCUCACAUGUGGAAAGAUAUUUGUGGGCACAGAUAAAGGAAAAGAAAGAAUUUGUACAAGAAACUUCAGUUAUAAGAGCCAAAGCUGGCAGUGAGCGUGUGGUCAUAAUCAAACAGACAAGUUUUGCUGUUUUGUCAUGAUAUGGAGCCCUGGUGUAAUGUUGUUUAACUCUAUGAGUAUGAGUUCUGUGUCAGGCCUUAGUGAGAAGUAAUGCUUAAAAUAUAUUUAUGAUCUGUUGAAGUGUGACGGUGAUGACUGAGAAGAGCGGAUGUUACUGAAGGAUUGCAUAUGAUGAAAUGUUAUUUAUCAUAAGUAGUGGUUUAUUAUUAACUUUGUACUGAGCGUCAGAGUAUGAAUGAAAUCUGAUAUCAAUGAAUCUUCAGAUGGAUACAGUGAAAUACAUGUGAAAAGGCAAGACAAGUGGUGCUUUGACAUUUUUGGUCAAGAAUUUUUGUGAGAAAUGUGGUUUAUAGUUUUUUUUUCCGGUGUGGAAAACAGUGCUAACUAUAAGGAUGGACAUCCCAGUAAUCCAGUUGUUGCACUCGUGUAGUAAACACAUGUAAAGCUUUUUCAUUAUUAGUAUUUGGCUCAUGUAUGUUCAUUUAAGGUACCGUCAUAAGUGAUCGCCCCAUCGGUAGUGAAGUGUAUCCCACACAUUUAUUUUUAUCUGAGUUAUUCAUCUUUACAAAUUAAUAAAUCUUCUGAUACCUAUGUACAUUUUGGGUACAACGUUACCAUAUUUGUCAUAGCAACUUUCUUUGGAGUAAUGGGUAAUGGACAAUUAAGUCUAAUUUGUAUAUCAUUCCCUUAGACCAUUCCAUUUAUUACAGCUGGUUUUAGAGUAAGAUUUGGAUGUCUGCAUAUUCCUAUUAGAAAAAUUCAUUGUGGGUACUUCAUAAAGUUUACGAAUCUCAAAAUUACAGGCCUAAGACUUGUGCAGUUCAGGAUCAUCAAAUUCUUUAUAAACCUUGUUGAAUGUUUGGCACUGGAAGACUGCUAUACCAUGUACUACACAGUCAGGUCUGUUGAAGCACCAAGAUUUGCGUCUAUGUGAGAGGUCAUAUUAAUCAUUUUAUACACAUGGUUGUAUGUAAUUACAAGGUAAAACUUAGCUCUCAGGUUGGAGAUGACAUGUUUAAUAUUCCAUGUCCUCUUUUUUUUCUUUGACUUUUUUCUCGGCUGGUGUGUAGUCAUGCCAGAUUUCCUCCUACCCUUACACUACACAUUAGACACUCAUACCAUUUGCCCAGUCUCGUCUACGCCUUCAUAUCUAUUGCCUCUACUCACCUACUGGUUUUCAUCACACUUACUGAUCUUUCUUUAUGCAGACUUUACAUGCUUCAUGGCAACCAUAUCUCCAUCAAAUGCUCUCAACUUUUUCUACAAUUCCUAAGUCAGCUCAGUUGCUCUUCACCCACACAUGGACGCUCAUAACAGCCUCUACUCUCCCCACCUGUCAUGGUGCCCCACCUUCACAUGCUGGCAUUGGUGACUGCAGAAACAAAUUUGUUAUCUCACUGCAAUUUGUUCUGUUUACAUGUGGAUCUUGGCCAUGAGGGAGAAAUUUUGUGAGUGACAGUAAUUUCUAUAGACUGCCUCUGAGCCUUCAUUUUGCUCUCCAAUUCCCAAGAUAGUUUAUUUUAAAGCAAAAUAAUAAAGCCAAUUUUUAUAUCGUUGAACCUCCCACAAUGCCUACUGGCUGUUAAUUUAAAACUCACUUUUAUCGUUAAGUUAAUUCCCAUUAUAAUAACAAGUAAAUUGAUGCUCUUGAGAAAGUUCCUGCAUUCACCAGUGAAAUAGAGGUGUGUCAAAGUGUAUGUAAGUAAUCCAGAAGGAACAAAUUUUUUAUAUAUUCCACUAACUUGUGUUGAUAAGAAAAGAUGCACUCAUGUUUAUCACAUGCCCUGUAUCAUGUAGCAUUAAGUGAUCCCAAAGUUUUGUACUUCAUAUUUAUCUUCAUAUAUUACAAAAAAAAAAAAAUUUUGUUUACUAGAUUGCUUUUUCCUUAUUUUCAUAUUGUUGCAAGUAAAUCCAUUCUCUUUUGUGGGUGGACAGUAAUCCAUUUCCUUCACUAGUCAGGACUUGUGUUAAAAAAAGAAGCGGCUCUUGACAAUUUAAGCAGAUCAAAUUGGAUUAAGUAAUUGUGUUUAAUUUGCAUUACAGUAUUCCAGCUUUUAUAUAGGCCUUGUAUAGCAUUCCAAAGAUCCAAGGUUAUGGACCAAAGAAUGGCACACCCAUAGUUUGCAUCUACAGUAUAUAUUUUAUCACUGAGAAUUGUCACAAUGAUUUAAGCUGUGCAGUAAUAUUUUGACAAGUAUUAUGAUAUUAAAGACCUGUUUUAAAGAUAGUAUUGACUUUUUUUUUUUUUUAAGACAAUUAGAAACUCUUUGUGCUCAACUUUGACAUGGGAAAAGCUGCAAUGAAGCAUUGUUGCCCUCUUGUCAUCGAUUAUGCCGAAUUGACAUUUUUAGUCUCGGAACAUGAGCACAUAUUUAUGUUGCUCGUAAUCGGUGCUUUGAACAUUCCUGUGGAACACACUUUCUGUGAAGUGAUAUAUAUCACACUGCAUUUUAUCAACUAAACUUCGUGUGUUCGGCAGUUAUACAUUUUCAGUAACCCUAAUUUAACUUUUUAUAAAUUUUCUCUACAAAUUGACUUUACCUAUUUGACCCCCGUCCAAAUUUCGGCCAAACAUCCCUAUCCCUCGUCCUGAAGAGCACCCAAGUGACCUUCCAAAGAAAAGAAAAUUAUAAUGCUGCAAUGUCCAUAACUAAUUGCUAAAGAGUCUACAGUAUUCUGCCUUUCAUGAGAAGCAAACUAUUGGAAAAGGGAUUUUGUUAUAAAUCAUUCAUUCUAUACAAGUUAGUACAAUAUAUGCUAGUUAUGGCAAAUUAGGCAUAGGGGUUCUGUCCAGUGUUCGCAUCAUUUGCAGAAAAUGAAGGUUUUGGUCACAUUUCUUGCUUGUAACAUGCUGUUUAUAUUCUCGAGCACUAUCAUGUUCAAAAAUUAUAUCAUUGCCAGAAACACUUGCCAAGGUGAAUGGAUGGACCAAAUUCCACCAGACUAAGAUACCUAAGAAAUUGAGAAAAAAACAACUGGAUAAGAAGAGAAAUAAGAAUAUUUUUUUGUAAAAUAUAAAUACUAUGUUUAGAUAAUAAAUAGCAUUUUUAAAGAAUAAAAUUAUUGACAAUAAAUGCCAGAUAAAGUGUAACCAAAGAGAGAGGUCUUCAGUGGGGGGAAGAGAGAUCACUGCACGUGUGCUGUGGGCAGUGAGUCUCGUACGCAGCAUCUGCUACCUCAGCUGAAUGUAUCACUGAUAAAUUAUGUGAUUAGUGUGCGUAAAUAGCCACCAACUGAAAUUUUACAUAUUCAAGACAUAUCACAAUUGGGAUCGGCAUAAGAAUUCCUAUAAUUACCAAGAGUUUACAUUUCUCUUGUUUUUAUUACCUAUUAGAUAAACUUUAUUAUAUACAAGUCUUGUAUUGGAAGAAUUUUGGAGGCUAUGGCAUCAUCGUCCCCAAAAAAUAUUUAUGCAAAAUAGUAAGCAAGACAUUUUUCGUUAAUCACCUGUACUGUAUUAUUAAUGUGUGCCCUUAAAUUUUACAAGAAACGUCAAAAUAAGAGGUAACUCUUUAUCCUAAUUUUAGAAAGUGACAUCAAGAAUUGAAUGAGAAAUUCUGUUUAUCCAAGGAAAUAUAUUCUUUUCCCACAAAUUAUCUCAUUUGGAAAGAAAAAAACCUCAGAAUUAUUUUUAAUAUAUUUAAAUUUGUAAACUCUAAAAUUUGUAAGUGUUAACUUACUAAAUUUGUAAGUGUUAAUAAUUUAAAGAUGGGAAGAGAGGGGUAAAAGGACAAAAUUACUAUUAGUAGUGUGGGGACACUGGAGCCCCACAACGGAACAUAGUGACUCGAGUCAAUAUGUUACGCGAGGUAACGGUGCUUCUAGAGGUAGUCAACUUCUUACUAUCAUUUGUUACAUAAAAAUAUGUAAGAAGUCAGCCAUUAAAGAAGCAAUAGUAAAUGGUCAUGGUUUACAUGAAUGAAUACCGUAACAUUUUGACAUUGUAUUUUGUAUUGAUGCUAACAAAAUAAGCAUUGCUGUUAUAUUGUAUGGUUUAACAUAUGUUGUAUUUGAUUGAUGAUCUUUUUAAAUAAAUUACACGAGUUAUUUAACAAAUGACAAUAUACAAGCCUUUGAACCAAGUAAAAUGUGUGUGAUUAUACAAGCAAACUUUGAGUAAAACCCCUAACUACCUUUGUAGUUCAUAUUCAAGGUUUGUGGUGGUAGGCAAUUAUUGGGCAUUAAAGUAAGAGUAUCCAUCACAAACUUACCAGGACAACUUAGAACAAAGAGUUCUUGCCUUUAUCAGUGUUCUAUUUGAAAAGAAAUUUUGAGAUGUGCUCAAGUACAUGCUCAUUAUUCCUUAUUGCCAGUUUGAUGUUCUGUCCCUAGCCAGCCUAACACUGCAACUCUCUGAUGUCUACAUGAUGCAUUUGGGCAUAGAGUAGAUUUACUAUGUUUCCAUAUGUAGUUUGAUCAUUGUUACCGUCAGUACACAAUAUAAACAUGAGUGACAUCAUUUCUUUAAACUCAGUGUUUUAUGAUCACUCCAUAUGUUUAAUAAAUAAAUGAUGUGUGCUUUUUAUA